UAAUCUAAUCCCUUAUUUGUGGAAUAAAAGUCUAAUUACAGAUUGUUCUCUCUCUCUCUCUCCCAUGGCUGAGAGAACAAUCCUUUCUUUCCCUUUCCUCCCAAACCCUAAUUCUCUCUAAUCUCAAUAUUUCUCCUUUCUAAAUUAAGAUUUUACAUCCCUAUUUUUUUUUAAUCUUUUUUCUUUUUGUUUACAGAUAUAAUUACAUUUUCAUCCUUGAGAAAUCUGAUUGAUUGAUGAAUUUUUCCAAUCCGAUUGAUUUGGAUUUGGAUUUGGAUGUUUGUUUUUAUUUCGGGUCACCUAAAUGAUGAUUACGGAUCCGAGUUUAGUCCAUUAUGCUUGUGUUGCUAAAGGAACAAUUAUUUUAGCUGAAAUCAAUUCAAAAGAUGCCGAUCUUGGAUCUUUAGCCUUAAAAUGCCUUGAAAAAACACCACCUUUACAUACUUUUUUCUCCCAUACUAUCCGAAAUCGAACAUACGUGUUCUUAAUCGAAAACCCAUUUGUUUUUUUCGCGAUUUUCGAUGAAAAGAUUGAGAAAUCUGAUGGUUUAUUGUUUUUAAGGAGAGUUAAAGACGCGUUUGGUGAAGUGAUUGAGAGGUCUUCUGGGAAGAAGAGAUUGGAUAAAAUCCAUUCGCAUUGUUUUCAGGGGGAAUUGAAUCCUGUUUUUCAUCAAUUGUUGGAUUCAAGUAUUGAUGUGGAUGAGGGAGGUAAUUCGCCGAGGAGUGAGCUGGAUCAUAAUGGGCGAAGCGCGAGUUUGGAUUCGAUGAAAGGGAAGAAAAUCGGGUCAAUGCCAUUGCUUGCUGAUGCUGCGAAUAGCUUGAAGUUGAAAAAGAAGAGGUUUUUCGGGCAUUUUAAGAAGAGGAGUGAGGAUAUUGGUGGUGAGAAGAAAGUGGAUGUUUGUGGUGAUGGUGGGAUGAGAUUGAGCAGAGAGUUUUCGGUUGUUAUGCAAAAGAAUGGUGGAUUGGUUCAUCAUGGAGAAGGAGGAGGAGGGCAUCAUCAAAAGGCGAAGAAAGUGUGGAAGAAACAAGUUUGGGUUGUGUUGUCGUUGGAUUUAAUCGUCUGCACCAUUUUGUUCAUAGUCUGGUUGUGUGUUUGCAGGGGCUUCAAAUGCAUUGAUGCUUGAUUGAUUGAUACUACUACUUAUGUUCCGUGUUUUUUCGUCUAUCGCUAACGAUAGAUGUUUUCCACUGAAUUGGAAGAUCAAAUGCUUCAUGUGUUCAUCAAUGUCACUCGAGCUACGAAGUCUUUUUCUCAGUAUAUGGGGCCGAUUUAAUAUGUUUCUAAGCAACUUUUUAUUAUGUAUGAUGUUUUUAAGUUGUGCAUUGUGUGGAUAUUAUGACAUAUGCGAACUUUUCUUUUAAUAUAUGUGUGUUACUCCUAUCUUGGAGAUAACCAUUAUAAAUUGUAUGAUAUUUGCUGG